UCCAUGGACGGAUGCGAGCAGUCAGGGGACGACGGAGAGACCGGGCACACGUUGUUAUUAUUAUAACGAGGAUGCUGCGUUACAGUGCAGAGUAGCCUUGAAACUUUGAGACACUAUUUUACAGAGAGAAGCAAGUUAAGUGUGAUGUUUUGGCUUCAUGUUGUGAAAUCCCUCUCACCACCACAUCCACCACCACCACCGACACAUCCUCUCAGGAGUGAUGGGCUCUAAGUUGACCAGACAGAGAAGUCUCGAUUUAGAAACCAAAUUGCCCAAGAGGAGACGCCAGAGGAAUGACACCCCGGGAGAGGGCGAAAGAAGUGGCGGCGGGGACUUCUUGUUUACCUCCUUGAUGCUCAAGUCCGACAAGCUCCCGGGGAUGCUGCGGAAAACCAACCACAGCCCAUAUGUCAGACGGGUGGCUUGGAUCCGGGAAAUCCAGAGGCUUCUCCGGGAGCAGAAGAUGGAGCAAGCAGCCGAAGUGCUCAAACUGCUGAGGAAGGAUCUGGGCCUCCAGGGAACGUCGCUCAAUGACAUUUUGUACAAGAAUGCAGCUUUUCUCAACCUGGUGGACCCCAUCUCUCACGAGCUGCUGCUCGGCCUCGCCCGCGACCUGCAGUGUCCAAAAAGGGAGACUGACUCGUUCAAGUCCACCAACAAAAUCUGCCGCCAGCUGAUUUACCACCUGACCCCUCACUCCAAGUGGACGAGACAGAGCGUGCCCAGGAGGAAGUCUCAGGCCUGCCUAAAGACCACCCUGAAGAAGAAACUGUCCGGCGAUGUGGUCAACCUGUCAGGCAUCCCGCUGUCUGGCCGAGAUGUCCACCGUGUGGCUUUCUACCUCCAGAGUAGCAGUGACGCGGUGUCGGCUGUGGACCUGAGCUUCACAGAGCUGCAGGACGAGAGCUUACGGCUGCUGCUGCCCCACCUCGGCUGCCUGCCGAAACUGACCAUACUGGCCGUCAAUGGCAACCGUCUGACAGUGGCUAUUCUGAAAGACCUGACAGACGCAGUGAAGGAUCCUAAGAGCUUCCCCAGCCUGGCCUGGGUCGACCUGGGCAACAAUGUGGAUAUCUUCACCGUGCCGCAGCCGCUGCUUGUGGCCCUGCGGCGCCGCUUUGGUUUGCGCAGUAGCCUCCCCACUAUUUACGAGUACAGGGAGGCGCAGACAUUCAGUGGCUACAACCCAAACAUGGAGACGUCUGUGGAGGAGCCCAGUCUGUACGAGGAGGGGGAUGGAGAGGAAGAUGAUAAAGAGGAGGAGGAGGACAGGCUGGAGCUUCAAGCCUGGGGCUUUGGAGAAGAAAACAUGUCAAAAAAUGUGCCACUGCACUUCUGUGGGAGGUGAUCGCCCUGAGCUGCUUUCUUUUUGACUGGCUGCCCCUCAUAUCUCUCAGUAUCACCUCGCCCUAAGUCUAGCCUCCUGUGUUAGCAGCUGCCAUUGUGGCAGAUGCUUACAGUGACCCACGUGUUUUCUGAAAAUAACUUAAAAAUAAGUAACUGUGUUAUGUGUCCCUCUGGAUGCUCUGACUACUGAAGCUCAGCAGUGCAGGCAGCUCUGUGGUUGUACAGACGCUCAGAAUUUAUUUAUGGAUCGAUCUGACCUUCACUGAUUCAGGAGAAGUUUAACUGAACAUGUUUGCUGUUUCUCAGUGAACAGUUUGUGCUCUCACACCUUGAAGCUUCCCAUUAUUUACCACUGUCGACUUGAGCAGCUGGGUUUUAAGUGCCUUGCACAAGGGCACCUCGACAGUAGCAGUUGAGGAAAGGGGGAGUGUUACUAAUUCACAUCCCUCCAGCACAUUUACCCAGCUGAUCUCUCUGACAAUUUCACCCCUGCUGCCCCAUUUCUGUGAAAACCCUGAAGAAGUAACUAAAUAUCCUGCAAUAAGGAGCAGUGUGCAGGAUUUAGUAGCAUCCAGUUGUGAGAAUAGCAGACUGCAACCAGCUGUAAUUUCUAUGGUGUGCCUAGCGUGAACUCCUACUUAGGGAUUCUUCAGUGUUCAUUGUUCAGGAGGGUUUUACCGGGAGCUAAAAUAUUUGCAGAGGUCUCUCUCUCGCCAAAACAAACAGAUCAGGUGAUUAAAACCAGUAAAAACACUGAAUAGAGUUCAGUCAGAAGAGACUCGUUCUUACAUGUGCACAUGAGAAUGAAAAAUGUGAAGAGUCUUUGGCGAUUAGACCUCAUCAAGAUAGUGUGAUAUAAGAAGGGUGAUGAAUCCAUAGUCGAAUAGGCAGCCCUCCUGUGGUCUAGACACUUGUGGCGGUAGAGGUGGUGAGGAUGAGAUGAGAAGAAGAUGUGGAGAAUUUGGAUAAGUGCUGAUGUUCAGGAUAAGUAGAGGAAUGGGCCUUUGUUGAGCUUGUCCUGGACUCUGGAUACGAUGGCUGGAGGUGAACGGGGUGGAGAAUGGCAUGACAAUUCUGCCUAAAAUGACAGCUGACAGCAGCAGAGGAGAGAGCAGAUUUAAAAUUUUGCAGUAGCAUCCUGAUUGGCUGAUAGAGAUCGUUAUGAAGUUUGAUUGGAUAACCAGAAGAGUGAACACCCAUAGACAGCUGAUUAGAGGAAGCAGUGGGAGUGGGAGGGAGAGUCAAGAUUGAACUUACGCUGAGCUUCAUCAGUUUCACGUUACAAAUCAGUGUUUGACACUGUUCGGCUUGUUACAGCUCACCUUUUUUCUCUGAUAACUUAAGAUCCAGACCUUCAGGAGGUUUUUACAGGGAGCCGAAUUAUCCACAGAGGUGGAUAAACAGUUCGGCUUGUCACUAACUACAGUGGCUGAUGUGAAAAUGGGAAUGGCCCAAUGUAGAGCCAAUGUUUGGUUUGUCCAACUGGGCUACUGUAGCAACAUGGCGGACUCCGUGGACGAGAAUUUGUUCCCUACGUAGAUAUAAACGCCUAAUUCUAAGGUAACUAAAACACAACGAUUCUUAUUUUCAGGUGAUUAUCCACCAAAGAAAACAUAAUUUUAAUAAUAUAUUCCAUUCAUGCCAAUAUAUCCGCCUAAAUCCUACACACUGCACCUUUAAGAAGUCGUUUAAUUUCAACUGACAUUUUUGCUAUAUUUAUGUUUGGAGUCAGAACUCCACUGCAGUGAGAUUAUGUUCGCACAAAAUAAUCCUCAUUUUUCUGUUGGGCCACAGUAUUUAGUCAGGAUUUGUCUUUAAAUAAAUGGUGAGUUUCGGUGAGUAAAUGAGGCAUACUGAAUCCAUUUUAGUUUAACUCUCCAGCGCUGGUGCUUCAGCUGGUGUUGGUACACCAAUGCUGCAGCUGUGUGGAGAAAAACCUCGGCCUGAUACACACACACGCGGACAUGCAGACAACACACACAGUGUUCGGGGAUGAGCUGCCGAUGAACUGAUUACUGCCUCUAUCAGGUCUUGUUAGGCCCCUUUAGUCACAGAUGGUGAGCAGAGGAUCUAUUUUUUUCCCAGCAAAUAGGACUAGCCCCAGAUAAUUUGGUCCACUGGUGGUUUGUGAGUGAUUCUAUUUAUGAAUCAGACCAUAAGCAACGAGAAAGAUGCCCACUCUGUUUUUAAAGGCGUACACAGACAAUGAAGCGAUUACCAACAGCUCUGCUUUUAUCUUUUCCUCUGUGGUGCUAAAGCGUGCACAUUCAUGUUGUGGCAUGAGUAAACUGCAACAGUUUCUUUUUUUGACUAGUCGGUUUUUUUUUAGGUGUGUAGUUCUCAUCUUUUUGUAUUGUUUUUUUAAAAAAUGGGCAUGACUGUUUACUGUAGCGCGACGUCAGAUCCCACAGACAGAGAGCAUGUUUACAUGUACAUUAAUGUUCCAAUAUAUUUGAGAUUUUAUUUUGGGGGGGUGAGGGAUUGGAUUUAACAUUGCCGCAUGUGAACACAACUGCCCACACUUUAUCCUGCCUACACAUGUUAAUGUGGUCUGUUCCCUUUCCAUGCUGUUAUUCAGGAAAAUCUGUUUAUUUGUGUUUACAGGGAUAUUAAUGAACAGGAUGCUUGGUUUGUGUGUGUGUGCGUCUGUGUGCGUAUGUGUGUGUAUGUGUGUGUCUAUGAGAGCAUAAUUAGAGUGUGCGCCUGUGUGCAUGAGUGUACUGUGGACAUGCAGAGUAAAUUACUACCUUUGAUCGUAGAAAUGAAAUGUUUACUCAUUUGCACUUUAAGGACGAAUCCGUCCCUGAAUGCACAAGCUUUGUUUUCAUGGGUUGUUGUUGUUGUUGUUGUUGUUGAUAUAAAAACAACUCACUGAGUCACCCGCAUCCUGAAAUAAAUGUUUUAUCUCAACUUCUUUGUUUGAUAGAAUUUCAUACAAUUCACUGCCAUGAUGAAAAUCAGUUGUGAAUUCGCUUAAUUUUUGUUUUUGGCUCAUUAAAUCACGGCUCGCUUUUAAAGUUAAAGUGAUGUUUGCCUGCUGUUGCUUCAAAAAUAAACAUGAUUUGAAUAAUA